AUGGCUGACGUAUUUUUAAUUAUUAUAACUAUUGUCCUAGCUAUUUUAUUAGUCAUAGCAAGUUUUUAUCUUCUAGUUUUGUAUUGUCAUCCUGAAGAUAGAGGCUGGGGAACGUCACUGUUUUGUAAGAUUGUAGUCAUUGCUGGUAUGACACUUAGUUGGGCUUAAGUUUUAAUCCUGCCUUUAGAUGUGUCUAACUCAAGGAAUGAUGCUGGAUUAGAUAUGACAACCUUUUGGUAUAUAAUUUAUAUGUGCGUUGCUAUAAUGGUUAGUAUAAUUAUACCAUUUGCAUCGUUUAUGUAUGAAACUGACGAUGAAAAACCUAUUGUUUCCAGAGUAUUUACAGCUAUUUGUUAUGAAAUUUGUCUUUUUAUAGUUAUUAGUAUUGCUUACUUUGUAUCUUGGGCAUAUUUAAAAUACGCUUAAAUACCUGUUACCAUUAUUACCACAACUUUGAGUCCUAGCUCAUUUUUAAAUGCAGGAGAUUAAAUUCCUUCAAACUUUACUCCAAGUUAGGUUUCUAAUAAUACAACUUUAGAAUUAGAAGUUACAUUUGUUAUUUAUGUUAUGGCUUUCACUAGUUUUAUUGGUAAUUGGUUAUUUGUGCUUUUUGCAGGUGUAGGACUUUUCUCAUUACCACUUGAUAUGAUUCUUGAAUUUUGUAACAGACCUAAGCUUAGAAAGAGUAGUGAAGCUAAGGAAAUUAAGAAUAUCUUAAUAAGAAAAACAGAAACUUUAAUUGAGCAAGGAAAAAAUGUUAGAAAAAAUGGAGAAAAUAUAUCAGAAGAUGAGGGAUUUUGGAAUAGAAGAAGAUAAAAAAAAGAUUUUGAAAAGUCUUUUAAUGAAUUUAGAGUUUCAGUUUUAAGUUUAGAGAGAGAUUAUGAUAUUUUUAAGCUAGAAUUAAGUAUUGUCGAUGUGAAUCCAGCAGUAUGGUUUUUGAAAUUAGUUGGUGGAGUUUUAUUAUUUGGUGUAUCUAUUGUCUGGUGGCUCCAUAUUAUUAUCUAUAUUUUGGCUCCAGGAAUAUCAGGUUUUCCAUCAUCUCCUUUCUUAAAUAAAAUGCUUACAGAUAUAGAAGCUUCAGGAGUAAACUUUUUAGCAACAGUUUUCUUCGCUGGUCUAGCUCUUCACUUGCUGUUUUGUGUCUAAAAAGGAAAUAUCAAGUUUGGACUUAGAAUUCCCUUCAUAUUUACUAUUCAUCCUAUGAAAAUAAAUGAAACAUGGAUGAACAGUUUCUUAUUUAAUAUAAACCUAGUUUUAAUCUGUAGUGUCUCUAUAUGCUAGUUUUGCACUAAAGCACUUUCAAUUUAUACAAGAUCAACUACCAUUGAUAUUUUGUUCAACUAAUAAGUUAGAUAUCUUAAGUUCUUUUAAUACUUUUACAAAAACAAUGUGUUCGAGUAUAUUUUAGUAAUUUGGUCAGUUUUAACCCUUGCCUACUUACUUUUAAAAAGAUCUGACAAACCAAAAGCUUUAUAAUAAAUAGAAGAGUUAUAAAAAAUAAAAAUUAAGUGA